AUGCAUGUAAAAGUUUAUCCGCUGUUGGGCAAGGGCAUGUUAGCAGCUCCAUUCACCAUUGCUAGGGCUGUGUACAUAGCUAGGGGGUCCAGCAGAGAUUCGCACAUGCGUCGGAACUUGCAAGGACCGGGAAUGGUUGCAUACGUCUGGUCUGGCUUUGCCACAGCCAUACAUGGCCUGAAGACCGACCCUGAAGAAGCCAGAGUGCCUAUUCCCGGCGACGAGCGAGGCGAUGCCGCAAUGGCCUUUUACAGGCGUCGGCAGCUUCCAGCAGGCUAUCGGAUAGGCGUAGUCAUCCUGGCCAUUUCGAUCGUUGCUCUCACCAUGGCACCCAUCGGGGGAGCCAUUCUGCAAAAUUCGGCCAACGGCUGGCUGAAUGUGAAGACCUUUGGCGGCGUCAUGUGUCUCGCUGGGUCGGCGAUUGUUCUGCUAUCGAGGUGGCUCUAUACCGAGAAGAAACUUCUCAGGGUGUUUUGA